CGCUCUGAGGAGGCCAACUGUGUUGUUUUGUAAGCCUAUAUAUGAUCUCUGCAUUCUGCGCCAUACUCUGAGACUCGGCAGUUGAGAGCGAUACAGUUGAGAAGAAAAAUUUCUGGGGCGCGGUCUUAUCUUUCUGGAGCUACUGAUUUCCAUCAUUGCAGGAGGGAUUUGGCGUUAAGCAAGAAAGGUUGAUGUAUUGGUUGAAGGACAGAAUGGAAGCAAAACCUGAGAAUGUCCUUAUUAAAGAAGAGAAUGUGGAGAAGGAAAAACUUCAUUUCGAAAUGGAGAGCGAAAUUAAAAAGUCUGAUAAAGCCGAAGAAAAGAUGAAAGUGGAACUUAAACUUGAGAGCAAGUUAGUAGAGAAAGACAAGCCAAAACACAAGGAAGAGAAACACGAGAAAGAUGAAAAGAAAUCAAAGAGUGAAGAGGGAGGUAAACAGGAUGAAGGUUCCCACAAUAAAAAAAAGCAUGAAAAGGAGAAGAGUGCUAAGGAUGAAGAGCAUGUAAUGGAGAAGGGAAAAGAUAAGGACAAUAAAGAGAAGAAGAAGAAGAAGAAGGAGAAGACUGAGGAGCAAUCUGAUGAAGAGAUACCUAAAAAGGAGAAAAAGGAAAAGAAAGAUGAUAAGGAAGAGGGAAAAGAAAAGAAGAAGAAAGAGAAGUGCAAGGGAGAUGAGAAGGAGAAAAACAGUGAAGAGCUGGAGAGUGGAGCGGAAAAGAAGAAAAAAGAAUUGAAAUGCGGCGAGAAAGACCAAUGUAUCAACGAGGAUGAAAGGUGUAUUUCAGAAGGUAAAGAAGAGAAAAAAAAGAAGAAAAAUGAAGAGAAGGAUGAAGAAAAGAAGAAAGACAAGAAAGAGAAGAAGAAGAAGAAAGAUGAUGAGAAGUCAGAAGACAAAGAUCUUUCUGUAGAAUCUAAUGAAGAAAAAGAGGGAGAGGAAAAUGAGGGAAAAGGAAGUAAAAAAGAGAAGGAAAAGAAGAAAGAUAAGGAGAAGAAACACAAGGAGAAGAAGAAGGAUAUAGAAGUUGACACCGAAGGGGAAAAGGAGUUAUAUGGAGAGUCUAAUGAUGAGGCUGAGGGUGAGAAGAAAAGCAAAGCGAAGGGCAAGACGAAAGGUGAAGAAAAGAAACACAAGGACAAGGAAGAGAAGAAGAAUAAAGAAAAGGUGGCUGUAGAUGACGCUUCAGGAGGAGAAGCCAGUGAAGAAGCUGAAAAAGAGAAGGAGAAGAAGAAAGACAAGAAGAAAGAUAAGGAGAAGAAACACAAGGAGAAGAAGAAGGAUAUAGAAGUUGACACCAAAGGGGAAAAGGAGUUAUAUGGAGAGUCUAAUGAUGAGGCUGAGGGUGAGAAGAAAAGCAAAGCGAAGGGCAAGACGAAAGGUGAAGAAAAGAAACACAAGGACAAGGAAGAGAAGAAGAAUAAAGAAAAGGUGGCUGUAGAUGACGCUUCAGGAGGAGAAGCCAGUGAAGAAGCUGAAAAAGAGAAGGAGAAGAAGAAAGACAAGAAGAAAAAACAUGAUAAGGACAAGAAAGAGAAGAAAAGCAAGGAAAUGAAAUCCAAAGGGAAAGAAGAUGAGGAGAAGGGUGAAGGGGAAAAUGAUAAAAGAGAGAAAGAGAAGAAAUGUAACAAGAAUGAGGAUGAUCAAGCUAAAAAACAGAGUGAAGCUGAUGCCAUGUCUAGGGAGAUUCAAGUGGAUGGAAAUGGCAAAAUAUCUGAAGUUGGAGCUGGAAAUGAACACAUAGACAAGGCAGAGUUUUGUAAGGAUGAAGAAGACAGACAGAAGAAGAAAAUGAAGGAUGAGAAGAAAAGAAAACUCGAGGAGAAGUACAGUGCCAAAGAUCUUGACAAGCUGAAAAAGAAGUUAGAGAAGAUCAAUGGCAAAAUAGAAAGUCUCCUAGAUAAAAAAGCUGACAUCAUGAGACUGAUAAAAGAAGCUGGGGUAAAGAACUCUGAUCAUGCUAUGGUGACCAAAGAUGCAGCAGAGGAUGAAGCCAAAGACAAGGUGGCAGCAGCUGAUGUAGCUUAGUAUCGCGCUUUUGUAACAUAUAUGUCUAAAAUCACUUGAAUUUUACAUAUCCUCAUUAUCUGUACUUGAUGUUAUAGUUGUGAGUUCACGUCUAAUUAUCUUAGGUCUCCCUUGGUCAUUUGGAAAUGAAAAUGCUUAUGUAUCCUAAUAAUGUCUUGUAGUAAAAGACACAUUUACACCGACUACAGU